AUGGCCUCCAUCAAGGCAAACUGUCGCAAGGUCAUCUGCAUUGGUCGAAACUAUGCUGAUCAUAUUACGGAGCUUUCUUCUGCUCGUCCGGCGCAGCCCUUUUUCUUCCUCAAGCCGCCCUCCUCUAUCCUCCUGCCGGACAAAGGCCCUAUUGUCCGUCCCCGUGGCGUGAAUCUGCACCAUGAAGUCGAGCUAGGCCUCGUUAUUGGAGAAACACCAACCCCGCUGAAGAAUUUGCAAGCAGACGAUACCCGGUUCCUCGACCACAUCAAGUGCUAUUUCCUGGGCAUCGAUGUGACCGCUCGAAAUGUACAGGAUGAGGCAAAGAAGAAGGGUCUUCCUUGGUCCAUUGCCAAGGGCUUCGAUACCUUCCUGCCCAUCAGCCAUGAGAUCCCCUUCGAUCGCAUCCCCGACCCCCACAACGUCCUGCUGUGGCUGAAGGUCAACGGCGAGUACAGGCAAAAGGACAACUCCAAUUUGAUGUUGUUUAACAUCCCCAGGAUGCUGAGUGACAUUAGCAAGGUCAUGGCGCUCGAAGAAGGCGACAUUAUCUUGACGGGGACUCCCAAGGGUGUCGGACCGCUGAAGGGCGGAGACAAGGUGCAAUGCGGUCUGGAGGCGGAUGGACUGGAAGUUGUCGAGGCCAAGAUUGACGUCGACGUUGUGGAUGACGAGUCCGAAGAUGGAUAUAUUUUCAAGGAGACUUGA